AUGUCGCAAGAGGACGCCGCCACUCCUCGAGUGUUUCUCAUUCGCCACGGUGAAACCGAGUGGUCCCGGAAUGGCCGGUAUACGGGAAUCACGGACUUACCUCUCCUUUCAGAAGGCGAAGAAAGGGUCCGCGAAACAGCAUCGGUCGUCUUUGGGCCUGGACGUCUAAUCGACCCGAACAAAUUAUCCGCCAUCAUUUGCAGCCCCCGAAAGCGAGCUCAGCAAACCCUCGAACUCUUGCUGGAUCGAGUUCCGGAUCGAGCAGCUAAAGAGGCCAUCGCAGGAAAGAUCACCACCACCGAGGAUAUUGCAGAAUGGGGAUAUGGUGACUAUGAGGGCCUCUGGAUCGAGCAGAUUCGACAACUACGCCAAGAACGAGGGCUGGACCAAGAAAGGCCAUGGAACAUCUGGCGAGAUGGCUGCGAAGGCGAGGGAGGCCAUUCUCCGGCGCAAGUUGCCGAACGUCUCGAUCGAGUCAUCUCCCAUGUCACAUCGAUUCAGAAAGAGGGAGUGGGGAAGCAACAAAAGUGUGACAUUGUGGUUGUUGCCCACGGGCACAUCUUAAGAGCCUUCGUCAAGAGGUGGCUGGCGUUUAGUCUGGAUACCAAGCUCGAGAUGGUGUUGGAACCGGGAGGAGUGUGUGGAUUGAGUUAUGCUCAUGGGAAUCUUGAGCAAAGAGCAGUUCUGGUCGGGAUGAGUUUUCCGGGAUCUGCCUCCCCUUAA